GCUUAACUCCAUCCCUCGUUCCCUCCUCCUCUUCUUCAGCACUCCACAGCUUCAUUUCAAUCAGGUGGCUGUUGCUCUUCAAGAUUAGUGAAAAUCUUGCAGGAAAAUACUCGCGAAACCAACCCCCCUCCCUCUUCCUAUAUACACAAAGGGAGAAAGGAAAGGAGCAACGUGCUUUGAAUAAUUUGUUGACUGUUGCAGAGUGCUCUCACUCUGUCUCUAUGUACUGCUGGCAUGCAGCCUCUACAGCCAAUUGAUCGGACACCACAGGUUGAAGAGUGAAUGGAAAGCCUUACGCCCAGUUCUUUGAUUCCAAUUAAAUGCUAUUUGCCAUCAUAUAAGAUCUCUGUUUGGAUGCUUUGUUUAUCUUCUUAGCAGUGAAACAUUUUACGGGGCCUGUUUGCUUUUCCUUUUUUAUCUGUUUUUUCCCCCCCAACCUUCUCUUCUAAUAAAAAAAUAAAUAAGGGGUGUACAAGACAUCUUCUUCAAUUACUUUUUGUUUUGGUUGUAAGACUCACGGAUUGACCCAUGGCUUCGUUGUAUCAAAGAUUCACUGGGAAAAUAAACACCUCCAGAUCUUUCCCUGUGCCACCUGAGGCAAGUCGUCUUUUGGGUGGCCAAAGUACGGAAGAUGACAGUGUCGGGAAGACCUCACGCCCACCACAAGAAACCCGAGCCACUUAUCAAUACCAGCCGCGGAUUGACUGUGAGGAGGAGGAUGAGCUGGUGGGCAGCAAUCCUCCUCAGAGAAACUGGAAAGGCAUUGCCAUCGCUUUGCUUGUAAUUCUGGUCAUUUGUUCCCUGAUUGUAACGUCCGUUAUACUGCUGACUCCAGUUGAAGAUAAUAGCUUGUCGCUCAAGGCAAAGGUAACGCUACAAGAUUUGGUCAGCGGAGAGUUUGCAAUCCACGAUCCUGAAGCUAAAUGGAUAAAUGAUAAAGAAUUGAUUUUUCGGACUGAAAAAGGGAAUGUGGUAAAGCUAAACGUGGAACUGAAUGAGUCAACGCUGCUGAUAGAGAACAAGGUGUUUGACGCCUUAAGGGUCAGCAAAUAUGAAAUAUCCCGAGACAUGAAGUAUGCACUCCUGGCAUAUGAUGUCACCCAUGUCUACCAGCACUCGUUUACAGCAAAUUAUAUUGUGUGUAACUUACUAACAGGGGGACAUCACGUUUUAAACCCACCAGAAGUUCCUGAUGAACAGCUGCAGUACGCUGGAUGGGGCCCCAGAGGACAACAGCUGAUCUUUAUAUUUGAAAAUAACAUAUACUAUCAAAUGAAUGUGGACAGCAGGGCCAUUCGUCUGGUGUCAACGGGAAAGGAGGGAGUCAUUUUCAAUGGUCUCAGCGACUGGCUAUAUGAAGAGGAAAUAUUAAAAACGCACAUUGCUCAUUGGUGGUCUCCAGAUGGCGCCAGGCUUGCAUAUUUAACCAUUAAUGAUACCAAAGUUCCCACCAUGGAGAUCCCGACAUAUACUGGAACGAUGUAUCCUACGGUGAAAACAUACCGUUAUCCCAAGGCUGGAUUUGAAAAUCCUGUAGUCACUUUGCACGUUGUGAACCUGAAUGGCCCGCCUCACCUGGUAGAGAUGAUAGCACCUGAUGAUCAAAGAAUGAGAGAGUUUUACAUAACCAUGGUAAAAUGGGCGACAAGUACCAAGCUGGCAGUGAACUGGUUAAACAGGGUACAGAAUAUUUCCAUUCUGACACUGUGCGAUGCCACAACUGGAGUCUGCUCCAAGAAACAUGAAGAUGAAAGUGAAGCAUGGUUACAUAGACAGAAUGAAGAACCAAUUUUUUCCAAAGAUGGUAGAAAAUUAUUUUUUGUAAGAGCUAUUCCACAAGGUGGGCGAGGGAAAUUCUACCAUAUUGCAAUGUCUUCUUCACAGGAUGACAACAGUAAUGACAACUUACAAACAAUUACAUCAGGAGAUUGGGAUGUUACCAAGCUUUUGGCUUAUGAUGAAAAAAAUCAAAUAGUAUAUUUUCUUCGUUCUGAAGAAUUAACAAGGCGGAGACAAUUGUACAGUACAAACACCAAAGAAAACUUCAACCGGAAAUGCCUCACCUAUCAACUCAUUGAGAAUUGCACGUAUAUCAGCGUCUCGUUCAGUGAAAACUUGACCUACUUCUUACUGAAAUGUGAAGGUUUCAAGGUACCUAGUGUGUCUAUUCACAAUACAAGCAAUGGGCAAAUGCUGAUUGAGUUGGUGAACAAUUCCAAAAUAAAGAACUUAAUGGAAACGAAACAGAUGCCAAUCAUAGACUAUAUGAACAUCCAGAUAAAGGACUAUAAUUUGCCUAUACAGAUUAUCAAGCCUGCAACCUUUUUAGAGACCACUCAUUACCCUUUGCUACUUGUGGUCGAUGGCAGUCCCGGCAGUCAGAGUGUGACGGAAAAGUUUGAAAUUAAUUGGAUUACAGCCCUGGUCAGCUCGUUUAGUGUAAUAGUGAUAAAGUUCGAUGGACGUGGUAGUGGGUUUCAAGGAACCAAGCUCUUGUAUGAAGUUAAACGGAGGCUGGGAGCCAUAGAAGAGAAGGAUCAGAUGGAUGCUUUAAGCCAAUUCUUAAGUCAACAAUAUAUUGACAAGCAGAGGGUCGGUGUAUUUGGAAAGGAAUAUGGAGGUUAUCUAAGCAUACUGCUUCUGACAACUGAUGAAGAGAAACCGAUUUUCACAUGCGGUGCCGCACUUUCGCCAAUAACAGACUUUGCAUUAUAUGCUUCUGCCUUUUCGGAAAGAUAUUUGGGAUUACGUACCCUCGAUAAUCGAGCAUAUGAGUUUUCUAGAUUAGAACAUCGAGUGUCCUUAUUGAAAACAGAAAAAUUUUUGAUUAUCCAUGCAACUGCAGAUGAAAAAGUCCAUUUCCAGCACACAGCCGACCUCAUAACGCAUUUAGUGAAAGCUAGAGCUAAUUAUUCAUUACUGAUAUAUCCAGAUGAAAAUCACUAUAUGAGGAAUGUUCAAGUUGCCCACCACUUACAUAAAUCCAUUGUGGAUUUCUUUGAGGAAUGCUUCAGAAUUCAAGAUAAACCACCCAUAGUAAUCAUCGAAGAUGAAGAGGAGGAAGAUUAACUUUUAUUCGUGCCAAGCACAAACCAAUUCCUACAUAACAAUAUGCAACUGAAUCGUUUUCCUAGGAAAAAAAAGAGAUGUUACGUUUAGCAUGUACAGUGCUCUCGAUGGCUUAUCUGACCGGACCUCUUCCAUGAUGGAAGUACACUAAGCAUUGUGACUUUGGCAUUAACCGGUGUCUGAAAUACAUUGCUUUUUGUCAUCACUAAGAGAUUGAUGUAGAUAAAAAGAAAAAAAAAAAGACAAAUCACUAAAAUUCUAAAGGAGUCAGACUUUUUUUUUUCCCUUAGACUCCACGAGGACUUCUUCAAGGGCAAGAUGACCUCUAAACAUUCAUCAAAAACAAGCAGUAGUAUUGAGACCCAACAUUCUUGCAGCAUUAACUUAACAUUGCGUUUGUGUCUGAUGAAACAUGGGGGAGGAAAAAAAAUGAUUAUAGCACAAUUAUUUUCUGAGUACUAAUUUACCAUUUGCUUGCUCUUUAUCACAUAAAAAUGCCAAACUUUAGGGCAGAGUUGGAGAACAUAUGAUAUUAAUCAUACUAAAACAAUGUAUAUCGUUAUGUAAUUAUUUCCAAAUUUUUUUUUAUAUCGGUUUUACUGGCUCUUCAUUUUAUUCUAAUCCAUGCCUUUACUUUGCAGGUUGAUUUAGGAUUUAUGUGAGGGAAAUUUGAUACAAUGCUCUCGCAGAUAGCAUUCAAAAUGUGUUAAUUUAACCCUACAGCCCCAGCAGAGUAAAGAAAGCUAUGAGUUGUUUGUCUCUAUGACACCUCAAGCAUUGAAAGGCAAAAUGCAACACGUUCUGGUUACAUUAUGAGUUAGCUCUAUGACAUGUCAGUUUUAGAGUCUGUCCAAAAAAUAUAUGAAAAGACCAUGGGACUCGCAGUUGUAUUAAACAGUUUAACCAGUGUUGAACCUCUAAGAACGUUCGGUGAGUUAAAUCAGUUGUUACCUUUAUAAAGCCAAAAUCUUCUAGUUUACAUAGAAACACAAGUAUCUGCAUGUAAACUGUGAAACAUGGUUGCUGUACAGAUGAAUUCUUAAAUUCUUUCAGUGCUGGUCAGCUUAAAAAAAGUGGUUAGAUAAGUCAUUUGAACAACUCCAUGAAGAUCUACUUUAUUGGUACAAUAGAGUGUUUCUAAAUUCUUUUUAGUCUAAAAUUGAGCAGCUUUGCUUAAAAAUAAAUAAAAAUGAUGUGUGUUCCAACAGGCAGUGCCUCUAUCUAUAGCUGUAUGUACUACAGUCACCUCCAUCAGAAUGUAGCAAAACACCUUUUGUAUUUAACAAAAUUGUAUAUAAAUAUUUGGAGUAUGUCAUCGGAAACUGGGGCGUCAUUAUUAUUAUUAAUAGGAGUAGCCAAUAUAACACAAAGGAGUUAAUUCACAAAGGAGUGAAUUUGGAAACGGAAUAUCAAAAACUAGGUUAAAAAGGUUGAAGAGAAACUAAAUUCGUGAUUUUUUUUUUCCCCCCAACUCAGCUAUUUUGUCAUUCUGUUUUUAAGUCGCCAGAGUUUUUGUUUGUUCACUUUCUUGGGUAACGUUAGCUACUGAGCCCUUUAGAUUAAGUGAAUCAUUGGGCAGCAUUGAAUAACCAGCAGUUUGAUCAGGUCGUAUAACUGCAGAAUACUCCAGUUUAGGUUUUGGAAGCCAACCUGUUCCUUGUUCUGUUGUUGAGCCUAGAACUGGCUAACAAUCCCAGGAGUUUGAAGAGCUAUAGUUUGGGUAUCCAUGAUUUAGUCUGUGAGCAGUUUGCUUAAUAUAAUCAAGUAUUACUUUUUCAUAGACUGUGGAUCCUAUGACUCCUUAAAGCGUAAUAUAAUGGAAAAACAAAGACGUUUCGUGUUUUGUACUUUUUAAUGUGUUGUAGUGUGAGUUUGAAAAUAAGUGACAUGUUUAUUAUGUUUCAUGCAAAGUUCAUCAAAUACAAAUUAACAUGUUACAUAUCAGAACAUAAAUAGUUAUCCUCAUAAAUUUAUAGUAAAUAAUGUAAAUACACAAAAUAUUACAAAAGGCUUAUUAAGCCACUAGCUAACACGUAUCCAAACAAUUCCAGGUGGAAUCUGAAAUAUUAAGCCUUGCCACUUGCGAGACUUGACCAUUUUCAACUUAGACAGAUUAACAUCAACUAAUGGACAAUCCAUUUUGUCCCGUAAAGCGGGUAUUCUCUUACCUACAUCAAACAGCAUUUGGCCUUUCAAUUUUCCAGUCUGUUGUUCUUAACCCCACACUUGGAAACCAACUGACUUUUUACAACUUUCAGUAAAAGUAAAGCUUGUUCUCAAUACACAAAGUGGUGCUCAGCAAUAUUGAAGUUUUGAACAACGCUUUUAACAAUAAGAACAUUUUGUAAGCUAGAAGCUCUAUCAACAGUGCAGUGCUGUGCGUAAUUACAUUUUUAGGCUUUCUAAGAUUUAUUCUAUUACUUAUGAAAUAUUAUUUUAUAUAUAAAUAUUACUGCAUUGGUUUUACUUUGUGCUAUUAAGAGAAGAACAAGUGUUAGCCACUGGAAGAAAAAUAUUCCUGCAAAGAUUUUCACUCAAUCCAAGACCUGCCUCAGUUAAAAGGGUACUCUAUGAAAAAAUAUCUAUUUUUUGCAAUGCGAAGUUUAAGUUUCAGUUAGUUAUGCUGGGAAUUUUUAUUUUUAUUUUAAAUUAAAAAAUGUAUUCGAUUUACUCUAUAAGCCCGCUCUUUCUGCUCUUCUCUCCAAACCUUAAGUGUAUAAUUUUCUACUCCAGAAAUAUCGCUAUACAUGAUAUCAUGACUUGUGGGAGUUGUAGUUUAGUUGUAGCUUUGCACAAAUAAAACCUGACACGUUUAUACUUUCCAAUUUUAAGAACAGGGGUCGAUUCAGGAUGGGUUUUGGGGGCGUGCCACGAUACUAAAAGUGUCACUGGCAAUGCACAUGCCCAAAAUGGGCUGUCCCCCCUGGAAAAAGUACAGCCUUCCUGGAAACAGGGUGUGUCAUGCCACCAGUUGACAGUCUUCUGGAAAGCCCCAAGCGGUACUUCCUAAAUUGGGACAGGUAGAAGGCCUACAAUUUAACUACAACUUCAAUCUACCCCUGCUGUUCCCAUAAUGCAGUGUCAUAAACCACUUCCUGGUCUUGACAAAAGCUCACUGCAGAAACUUAAAAAAAUGGAGAUAUGCAGUAUUGUAGUACAUCUAUAAUUUUAGCAUAUCAUUUUCAUAUAAAGCCUCCAAAAAAAGUAUUAAAAAAAGCACGCUAACAUGGUGUAUCACUGUUACAAAUUUUCAGUUUGUAAAAGAGUGUGCUAUAACGCCCUCAUGUCUCAUCUUACCAUAGUAAAGAGAGAGAUUAGUAUAUCUUUGUAAGGGCUGGCAAGAUAUGAUUUUUCUUUUUUAUACUUAGUUACGCCAAGAAUUUACAAAUACAUUCAUUGGCAUGUGUGUGAUAAGAAUGUCACAUCACACUGUUUUACUGUUAAUAUGGCUAUAUGUGGUGUCAGUAUCUCGUUAAUCUUGGCCCUUUAAGUGAAUGUUGAAAAACACAGAAUAAAAUGUAAUACGAGCCUUGUGUAAACUGUGUUACUGUAACUCUGAUUUAGUGACAAAUUUGAAAUCCGGUCCUAAAAAAAAAAGCUUGCCUGCUUAGAUACCGAAGAAUUCAGAAAGCCAAUUUUGUUUGUUGUUUGACACAUGUUGAUAAACAUUGUAUUUCUUUUGUUUUGCCAUUACAUUGGCAAACCUAGGCCUGAUUGGAUAUAGAGUAUACAUAAUGCAAUGUCUUUUAAGUUGAUUGCGUGUUUACAUGACCCGCGAGCUGCUAAAUUUGGAACUGAAGCAAAAAUUACACCAGAACAGAAGUCUAUCUCUGCUGCAAAUUGACUGUAUUUUCUGCCGUCAAGAGAGAUUUUUCACCACAAACUGAGUAAUUGUGAAUUCUAAUAAAUUUAAACAGCCAAUAUGGUUCCAGCUUGGUUUUAUUUCAAGCGUUAAUCUUAAUUAAACAUCCUGACAUGCUAACAGAGACAGCUGGCCAGCACGGCCAAUCAAGACAAAAUAAACCUACGUUAAAACAGUUUAAUGCAAGAUUGCAGUAACAGGUCAGAUAGGCUCACGCUAUUUCUAGGAAUGGAAUUGCUAAACCACACUUUAUACACAAGUCAAACAUAUUGACUUUAAUAAGUGUGUGAGGUGAAUACAAUUCCCAGAGUUUUGCUGCCUGAGAAUGAUGAGUGUUGUAGACCAACUGGAGUGAUGAAGGCUGUGUAUCCAUGCAAGUCAACUACAAACGCUGCCAGAUUUAUGAUUUCCUAGACAUAUAUUACUUCUUCAGUCUGAUGAACAGAGCAUGAAAAGUUCUUACCCAGGGUAUGUAGCAUUCAUAUCUAAUUAGAUGACAGUCUAAGCACUGUGAGCACAUUGCAGUAUUGGUGUUUAGAGAGCAUUGAGUCCAUUCUCAUUUCUGAGAGUUGCUUAUAGCAACACCAAUUUGUAAAAGAUCAUUCUGCUAUACUCCAGAAAAUGUCAAACAUCCAGCAGGAACAUUUUAGGGUUGCCUUAUGCCAAUUUUCUCCACUUUAUAUAUGCAGUCCAAUUCUCCAUGAUUUUCUUAAUGUGAUUUCUUUUUUUUUUUUUUAAACUGUUGUGAAGGGUGAAAUACAUACCUCAUAAUCAAGCUUGUAGGA